AUGUCUGAUCAAACUGUGAACAAAAACGGGCACCCCCCACCCAGUUCAGUGGAACUUAGUACACCGGAUAUGGCUAUGAAACCAACAAAUAGGGAGCUUAUGACUUGUUUAAAAAGUAUUGAUAGUAAAUUGUCAGCUGUGGAUAAGCGACUAAAGUCACUGGAGUCAUUAGAGGGUAAGGUUGAUAAACUUGAUCAGGAAAUGAAAAAACUUUGGACUUAUAUUCAUGACAAUCCAAAGAGGAGUGACGAGCGUUUGCAGAAGGUGGAGAGUAUGGCGGAAAGCACGGAUUUUAACCUCGGACUUGUGAAUGAUAAGGUUGUUACGUUGGAAAAAGAGAGGGUCGCUAUGAGGGACGAUCUAGCGUAUUUACAGUCGCAGUCAAUGCGCAAUAACCUCAUAUUCGGAAAUAUUUUUGAGGCCCCGACAGAGACACCGGCCGAGACGGAGGAGACAUUACGGGGAUUUAUGGAAGCAGAAUUGAACAUUGCCAAGGAGCUAGUCGAAAAGAUACAAUUUGAGCGAGUGCAUCGUGUUGGUACAAAGAAGAGUCAAACGGACAGGAGAAAUAUUGUUGCUAAGUUUUCGCUGUUUAAGGAACGGGAAAUGGUACGGAAACAGUGGAAAAAUCUCCAAGGUACAAACUUUUAUAUGCAUGAACAAUUUCCUAAGGAGGUUAAUGAUAAGCGAAGGAAACUGCUGCCGCAGCUGAAGGAAGCAAAACGGGCGGGUAAGAAAGCGUGGCUGUCGUUUGACACAUUAUACAUAGAUGGGAAGCCAGUGAGGCCAGACGCAUAG